UGGGCUCUCUGGGGUUCGGGCUGGGAGCAGCUUCAUGACUACGCGGAGCGGGAGAGCGGCUACACCAUGCGAGCACAAAUUGAAGUGAUACCAUGCAAAAUUUGUGGCGAUAAAUCCUCUGGGAUCCACUACGGAGUCAUCACGUGUGAAGGCUGCAAGGGAUUCUUUAGAAGGAGCCAGCAGAACAAUGCCUCUUACUCCUGCCCGAGGCAGAGAAACUGUUUAAUUGACAGAACCAACAGAAACCGUUGCCAACACUGCCGACUGCAGAAGUGUCUUGCCCUAGGAAUGUCGAGAGAUGCUGUGAAGUUCGGGAGGAUGUCCAAGAAGCAGAGGGACAGCCUGUAUGCGGAGGUGCAGAAGCACCAGCAGCGGCUGCAAGAGCAGCGGCAGCAGCAGAGCGGGGAGGCGGAGGCCCUCGCCAGGGUGUACAGCAGCGGCGUCAGCAACGGCCUCAGCAGCCUGAACAGCGAGGCCAGUGGCACGUACGCCAACGGACACGUCAUGGACCUGCCCAAGUCUGAGGGUUAUUACAGCGUGGAUUCCGGCCAGCCGUCCCCUGAUCAGUCAGGACUUGACAUGACUGGCAUCAAACAGAUAAAGCAAGAACCCAUCUAUGACCUCACAUCCGUACCCAACUUGUUUACCUAUAGUUCUUUCAACAACGGGCAGUUAGCACCAGGGAUAACGAUGACUGAAAUCGAUCGAAUUGCACAGAACAUCAUUAAGUCCCAUCUGGAGACAUGUCAAUACACCAUGGAGGAGCUACACCAGCUGGCGUGGCAGAUCCACACGUAUGAAGAAAUUAAAGCGUAUCAAAGCAAGUCCAGGGAAGCUCUGUGGCAGCAAUGCGCCAUCCAGAUCACUCACGCCAUCCAGUAUGUGGUAGAGUUUGCAAAGCGAAUAACGGGCUUCAUGGAACUCUGUCAAAAUGAUCAGAUCCUACUUCUGAAGUCAGGUUGCUUGGAAGUGGUUUUAGUGAGAAUGUGCCGUGCCUUCAACCCAUUAAACAACACUGUUCUGUUUGAAGGAAAAUAUGGAGGAAUGCAAAUGUUCAAGGCCUUAGGUUCUGAUGACCUAGUGAAUGAAGCAUUUGACUUUGCAAAGAAUUUGUGUUCCUUGCAGCUGACUGAAGAAGAGAUUGCUUUGUUCUCAUCUGCUGUUCUGAUAUCUCCAGACCGAGCCUGGCUGAUAGAACCAAGGAAGGUCCAGAAGCUUCAGGAAAAAAUUUAUUUUGCACUUCAACAUGUGAUUCAGAAGAAUCACCUGGAUGAUGAGACCUUGGCAAAGUUAAUAGCCAAGAUACCAACCAUCACGGCAGUUUGCAACUUGCACGGGGAGAAGCUGCAGGUAUUUAAGCAAUCGCAUCCAGACAUAGUGAAUACACUCUUUCCUCCGUUAUACAAGGAGCUCUUUAAUCCUGACUGUGCCACCGUCUGCAAGUGAAGGUGACGAGCGAACUGUCUCAUAGUCAUGGAAUGCAGCACCAUUAAGACAAAAGCAAUGUGUUCAUGAAGACUUAAGGAAAAUGUCACUACUGCAACAUUAGGAAUGUCCUGCACUUAA